AUGGCAGCAUUUCGGCCUGAAAUGUCCGUUCCUGUGCGUCUCGAGAAGAGCGGCGGUACCGCUCACCAGCGUGAAAAAGUCUCAGCCAGCAUUCCCAUAUCUGUGAGCGUUGGUGAUAGGCCAGUCUACAAAUCGCGCUCACAGUUCGACACGAGUUUUCGUCGUGAUCCCCUCACCGACUACCCCGCCUACUUUGACAGGCCUGGUGAUGAUAUAUUUGGACGCCUUGAAGAGCCACUGUCGUUGCGUAGAUCAGGAGACAGUGAGCAGUGGUUUGAGGAUAUGCGUCGGAGGUUUGACGAGAGACGUCGCCAAUGGGAUGAAGAAAUGAGGAAAAUGCGUGAGGAAUUCUUCACACCUCUUGGCGUCGUCAAGGCACCCCGGUCGGACUUAAGUCGUGAAUUUUCACCUACACCAACCACGGAACAUCCUGUCUCCACGCACUAUGACCGUGACGAGGACGGGAGACUGCGUUUUGUGGCUCGAUUCGAUGUUCGUGAUUUCAAUCAGGAGGACCUCCAGGUGACGUUUAGGAAUGGCCAGAUUGUUUUAUUCGCCCGCAGGGAAUUGCGAGCUCCCAACAGCACCAGCCGGAAGGAAUUCACUCGCACUGUCGAUCUUCCAAAGGGAGUUGAUGACAGUCAAAUCUCCGCUUCUCUCAGCCUAGACAAUAUACUGAUUGUGGAGUGCCCUUUGCGCAUGUUAGCCGUGGGUCCACCAACCCAAAACAGUGCUUCCAGUGGAUCCGGUACACCCACGAGUAUGGCCACAUCGGGACGAUUUUCCAGCAGAAAUAUGACAGCCUCUCCAACCUCAACGCUCUCAACAAGCAUGAGACUGUCACCGCCCAAUUUUCACGUGGAAAUACCCAUCGGAUCUGACUAUGAACCAGGUGAAAUCCAGGUUCGAACCCUCAACAAUCGCGUCUAUAUCUGUGCUAAACACGAAGAACGUGUUUCCAAUCGGAAUACCUUCCGUAACUUCUCGAAGGAAUAUGACAUUCCGGAAUAUAUUGAUCCUAGGUCAGUCACUGCCAGACUGGAGCAAGGCGUACUUUACCUGGAGGGCACUCCGUUCACCUAA